CGAGAAGAACCCGCGCGGCGGCUCCGGCUCUUCCUCCAACGUACACCCGCUUGGGGCCCCUCAAAAACACCCCCUUUCCUUCCCCGCCACUGGCUGGCAGCCAUCCCUGUGGGCAAAGGGAACGACCUACCCUGGGGCGGCGCGGGUCUCCCCCAAUCGCCUUCUAAAUCCGGCCCGCGGACGGUCCAGGCAUCAGCGUGUUUUUACAUGAGUAGAAUGUGUCCUUUUAUGUAAAAUGCAUCUCUGGGUUAUUUGUAGAGCCUGCCUGGUGUUUUUACAUGAGUAGAAUGUGUGCUUUUAUUUAAAAUGCAUCUCUGGGUUAUUUGUGGGGCGUAGGAAUUCGUUCUUUUUUUCUUCUUCAAAAUAUAGUCCUGUCCCCCCCAAAGGUCUGAGGGACAAUGGACCGACCCCCUGCUAUAAGAGUUUGCUGGCCUGUUUUAAAGAGUAAGCUUUAAAACUUUUCUCAGGUAGUUAUUGUUCCAUAAUUUAUUGCUGCUUUACCUCAAAUGGAACCCUCAGAGUGGUGCAAAAGUUAUACAGUAUACCCCCCCUCUCUAAGGAGCAGGUUACCAUAGAUUGCAGCUUGAGGAUUUUGCCUUAAUGGAUGCUGUUGUUAUCCCUUUUGGUUUGCGACAUGCAUUGCUCACAUGAACCACUGGGUUUGCUCACCUAAUCUUUCAUCUACCUUCAGCCAUGACAAUGCCAUGCUCAAACUCGAGACAACAAUGUUUGAGAAGACUUUCAAUCGGCUUGAGCCAAGGGACUUGUUGCUGGAAAAGUUUGGCUCCUUUAUGGACAUGGGACAAGCACAACUUGCACGAGGCAGGCGCAAAUCUAAAGCCCGGUUAACAGCAGAUCGCCUGGUGGGUCUGACGGUGGAACAGAAAUGUGACAUAGCACAACGGGAGCUGGAGGAGACAAAGGAAGACGUUCAGAGGUUAAAGGAGAACUCAGAAAGGCUCUUGCAGAACUACCUGGCUGUCCUGGAGGAAACAGACAUCCGCCUAGUUGACAUUAAGAAAGCUGUGCAGGACUUUGACAAAGAUAUAGUCAAAACCAUCACCAAGAAGAAAGGGAGUGUCAUCGCCUCUGAAAAAGUGCUGAGAUACAUGGAAGAUAGGAUACGCUACAGGGAUGUACUGAAAGAGAAAAUUCGUUUGAAAAAUGAUUCCCUGAAAGUCCAGAAGAAUAAGAUGCAAAUGCAGCUCAAGCAGAAAGAGGAACUCGGGGAGGCACUACAUGAGGUGGAUUUCCAGCAGCUGAAAAUCGAGAAUGCCCAGUUCCUGGAGAAGAUUGAUGAGCGAAACCAGGAGCUGCUGCAACUGAAGGUGACUGUGGGCAACGCUAUCCAGGUCCUCAACUUCUACAGAAAGAAACUCUAUGCUGCAAUGACCCUGGCUACAAACCUGGUGAAAGAUAUUGCCCAGAGAAAGGAGUCCCUGGAAAAAAUUGAACAUGAGGCCAUCCUUGUUGAGGAGGAACGGGACAAAGCCGAGGUCGUGAACAAGAAGCUACGGAAAAAACUGGCAGAGUACAAAGUGCCCCCUGUCCUUGACUAUGUCCAUGAGAAGAUGGCAGUACAUGAACUGGAGAACAUCAUCAAGAUCUGGGAGAGGAAGGUGGAAAUUGCAGAGAUGGCCUUGCGGAGCUACCAGAGUAUUUGGCACAAGACAAAGCUGGCUAGUCAGCAGCUGCAGGCUCUUAUCCCAGAGCAAGCGAGCAACUGAGAAGGAGAGAGCUGGACAAAGGCACUUUACCAAGGGUCCAGUUGCCUAGCCUUGGAAGAGAGCAUGAGCCCCUGCAGCACAUGCCUCCUGCUUCCUCUGUCUUCUUUGGCUUUCUCUUCCUGACAAGGUAUUUGCACCAGGCUCUCAGGACCCCUGCAGUUGUUGUCCCCUUUCCCUUUCUGUUCCCCUGUGAUGAGUUACUUUAUAAGUCGUCAUUAUAUCUGGCUAUAUUUACCUUUUUGGAGUCAUUUCAUACCACAUGGUUCUGAGGAGAUUGAAUAAGGAGGGUUUGAAGUUUAAUUGUCCAAAUGGGACUUCUGGGGAAAUGACAGAUGAGCAUAACAGCACUCACUAUAUCUCAACUGUGCAUUUCUCAGAAAUGUCUGCUGCUUAACCUGCCACCACCCAGCAUGUCAGAAUACAGGGCAUGAGGCUUGCAGAGAGGAGGCUUUCAGGCUGGCCUAACUUGGCUGUAGAAACAGGAAGAAGCUCCCCACUGUAGUAGUCAUAAUAGAUGGGAUCAGACUGCUUGGCCCGUGACUCAGCUGGCCCUUCUGGGAGCUCCUGGCUGUCUUCUGUGAGAUACUCUGUAUGAUUAGGGCUGGUGUAGUCUGAGAAGUCAAUGGCUCUCUCCUCCCCAAUGGGUUCAAAUAUCCCUUUGUCCUCCUCCAUGGGAGGUCUGAAGGGGCUGUGCCUUGAGCCAGGGAUGGGAGAGGCCGGAGCUCCCCACUUUGCUGUGGUGGUCACGAUCCAGUCGCCAUAGGAAGACACUCUGGUGUAGAGAAACGGCCCAUAGCAUCUCAUACCGCCCUUGGUCAUCACUCCCUUCAGCACCCACUGCCUUGUUCCAUCUGCCUGGCACAUGACCGGGUUGCCUGGGUAUCCCUUUGGAAGAGGAAAAAGCAAAGGUGCCUUUAUUUAUUCAUUUCAAAUACCUCUCCCCCACCUCUCCAUAUGCAGUUCAAGGCAACUGACAAAGAAAUCAUGAAAUACAAUAAAAGCCAAGGCAAAAUAAGAAAAUAAUAUGGAGCUCAUGACCUCAUGAAAGGUGCACAAAGCCAAAAUUUUAGGAACAAGAACGAUGGGUUUGUGGAGCUUUUGGGUGGGCCCCCUGUUCCAAUGAAAAGGUUCCAUCAGGAGAAGAAACUGCUGUUUUACUCUCUGCUCCAGAUCCCUUCCAAAUAGCAGAUCAAGAAAAAUGUUCCCCCAAACAACUCACUUCCACAAACAGGGAUGGCCAGCAGCAGGCAGGUAGACAUUAACAUUAGAAAUUGGGCACUGUGAGCUGGCUGGCUAAGGGUGUCAUAGUUGCAUACAGGGAGGGUUCUCCUCUCUGUUUUAUUCUCACAAUAACCCUGUGGAUAUGGGCCUGUCACCAUCUCUGACCUAAGAUCACCCAGUGAGCUUCACAGCUGAGCAGAGAUGUGAAUUAGGAGUGCAUUUAACAUUUACCUGUGAAUCUUGAAUAAAUUGGAUUGAAUCCAGAUUCAUCAUGCUCUGCUCUGUUUUCAGCCAUCAGAAUAAUAUGAAAAUUAGACAUUCCAAGACAUUUCUGAGGAUACAGUUCUGAUAUCACUUAUGGGCUAUGGUUCACCUACCAGCUCAUAACUGGUCUCUUGAAGGGUGUUUCUUUUUUCUUUUCUUUUUUUAUCAAAUGCUGCCUAGGAAUGAGUAGAUUUGCCCCUUUCUCAAAAGUUCUUCAAUAGAUUUAUAUCCCCCUU